CGAAUCAAUGGUAAACAGAGAGUGUUACUUCGUAAAUAUUUGCAAGAUUUGUCAACUUUCCAAGAACUUCCUCAAGAAAUUUUAUGCAUAAAAAUAGCCCUAUCCGUGUCGGAAGGAGCAUAUACUCAACGAACCUUAGCGCAAAAUUUAAAACCGAGUAAAAAGAAACGAUCUUUAAGGG